AACAGUCACUCAUAACGUCAGACAAACGCAAGACAACACCACUACCAGGACUGUGCAUUGUACCACUAGUGUAGAAGGUGGGAGCAGUCUUGCAGGUAUAAACUCUGAGGUGACCAUGCCAGGGUUCAGCGGUGUCUCUAAGCCCUUGACAGAACCGGUUCGCCCGUCUGAGGCGCUCUCCAGUCAGCCCUCUGCAUCCAUCCCCGGUCCCGGCACAGCCCAGCUCCCCCGGCCAUGGCCCUGAGCUCCCUCAUCAGCCAGCUGCAGCCGGAGGUGUUCAACAGCCUGGUGGAGAUCAUCAAAGACGUCAAGAAACACUCGCUGCAGUUCUACCUCCACAGCCCCGAGCCAGGAGACCAGGUUCAUGAGGACGUCAAGAAAUACCUGUUGAAGCAGGGUAACAUGGAGCAGAGUCCUGUGACCUUUCUGAGCCAAGAAACCUCUGACAACAGACUGCUGGUCAUCAUCAAGAACAAAGACAUAGCUGGACACAUACACAAGAUCCCCGGUCUGGUGUCCCUGAAGCGUCAUGCCUCUGUGGUGUUUGUGGGAAUUGAUACACUGGACGACAUGAGGAACAAAAGCUACAACGAGCUUUUUGUUUCUGGGGGCUGCAUCGUUUCGGACGAGUUAGUCCUCAAUCCAGACUUCAUCACUCACGAUCGACUGGCUGCGCUGCUGAUGAUCCUGGAGCAGCACAGUUCUCCAGAGAGCGUCUGGAAGUGGAAGGUCCACUGCAAAACCCACAAGAAAUUAAAAGAACAAGCCAGGUUCAGAAGAGAUGCAGCCAACCUACUGAACGUACUGUCAACCUAUCACAAGCGCCAGAUUGUUGAGUUCCUCCCAUAUCAUCAGUGUGACAUGAUGAACCAUCAGUCCCCUGACCUGGACUGUCUCAUGGAGCUCCAGGCCCGAUACACCCAGUACCGACACACAGUCUUCCUGACUGAGCAUCAUUUUGAGCAGUUCGCUGCCUACUCUAGUAGCGGCAUCAUCAUGGCCAAUAUUGAAGAGUUACUGCACAACUUCACCAGACUGGUCGGUAACCAUGAGAUGAAGGACAGUCAGCCAAUCGUAGAUGACAUGCUGGCUCCCAAAGGGCGCGGGAUGCAGCUGAGUCAUAGUGACGCUGUGUCAGGCUCUGAACGCUCUCCCUCUAUCUUCCCAGAACCCAUCUAUCCCCUCCCCUCCAGUGAUCAACCCCAACAUCUCCUCCAGCAGUCCGGCUCCACCCUCCCCGCUCCCUCCAAUCUGUCUGACCAGCUCGUCCCGGACGCUUCCUGUAAGGACGGUGUGCCGCACCAUUCGGACACAGACUUUGAGGUUCUUCGACUGGCCAUCUCACAGUUACGGGCUGAGCGUCAGGCCCAGCUGCAGCAGCAGUUGGACUCUCAGGCGGAGUUGAGCAUCAACUCCCUCAAAUGCUCCCCUCCCAAUCUCGUUGGUACAGGUAGCGGUCACGCUGCCCCUGUUUUAGCUCAAGGAGGUCCCACCGAGUCUGUUAACGUCACUCAUGACAGGAAAGCAAUGGCAGCCAGUCUGGAGUUCCUUCACUCAGCAUUACAGCAGGAGAGGAGGGAGGACGGAGCAGAGACUCCCACAGAGGGGCGGACAAUAGGAGGAAGUCAAGGAGAGGCUGGAGAUCAGAGAGAAGGUACUCCAGUGAGAGUAGUGGGGUUCCUGGGAGAAAACAGGGGUCCUAAUGAUAGUGACACUUCUAGCCCUUUGUCCAUUCAAAGCACAGCGGCCAUGAUGGCACCAAGUACACAAACAGGCUCAACCAAUGACCGGACAGAGAUGGUAAAUCCAACCGAAGAACCUGUAUUUCCCAAAACAGAUAAACACACUGCAGCCUCCUCGAGUAACACAGCUCGUCCUGAAGAAGGCGACGUAACGAGAGACGAACAGUCAGGCCAGGAACAGCCAAGAGGAGAGGGAGCAGCACCUGGCAACAGCACUGUCAGUGGCACCAAGAUCCAGCAGCCUAAUCAGCACCUGAACACCACCCAGCAGCUCCAGCCGAGUCGCCCCCUCCUCCAGCCACCGCCUCCCAGCCAGCAGCAGCAGCAGCAGCAGCAGUGGGGCGCCAGCCUCCUGCAGCCCCCCCACCUGCAUCAACUUCCCAACCAGCCUUUCACCCGAGGCCCCAUGCUGGCGCCCCUGACUGCCCUGGGAGGAAGCCUCCUGGGGCCAGUUCCUGUCUGGCCGGGGGGCCUGGGCCCUGCAAGUGCUGCUGCCCUGGCCUGGGGCUUCCAGCAGGUCGGCAGGGACUUCACUGGUCCUAGACUGCUGGGGGGGUUCCACAACCCUGCAGGGCAAGGCAGCAGCAGGUACAGAGGGGGGCAAAGGGGAGGGGGCUUUAACGGGAUGUAGAGAGCCGGGCUCACUAACUCGAGGAACGGUCCCUGCUGCCGUUCAUGUAGCCGGUUUAUUAAAAACUACCACCAGAGAACAGGAGGUGGAAACUCUUCCUGAAUGCUGACAGGUCCUGGACUGGAAAGGGAAGGCGUGACCACACGCUCUCUCUGUACACAGCUCGCAAGGUUUAUUCUCUAGCAUCACAAAAUCCCCAACAUGCUGAUCCAGGACCGUCGUCGUACAAAUCCAAGAAUCUGGUCGUUUGUCACUCGGGUUCAAAAACUUGCUCACAGGAAGACUGUUGAAAUUACAAACUCAUGUCUGUUUUGAAUUUGUUGCUAUAUUUGAUAUAUUUGAUAUAUUUGAUAUAUUUGAUAGUGAGAGUAGAGAUACAGGCAGGAAACAACAAGUAAAAAAAAAAAAAGUCGCGCUGCCGUUACAUGGCAACCUCAGCGACAUUUGAGGAAGAAUCGAUGUCUGGCAGGUGUAAAUUAACAACAAAAAAAUGUUGACAGGGGAACGGUGUCUUCAUUAAAGUCAGUACAAGUCAUCGACGCUCUGUCAGUGACCUGUGAUGACUGGAAGCUUUGUAUCAGCCAGUAAAUAGCGUUGAACCUGCCUGACCUUUAGGCUGCAGCUACACUACUACGUUUUGGUUUAAAAAAAUGAAUAUACGUUGCCACGUUUACACCUCGAAUUCACGCUACUCCGGCGUUUCCGAGCCCCAAAAACUGGGACAUUUGAAACAUGGCUGCCUCCGUUUUGGUUGGACAACUCCGGGGGGGUCUUUGCAGUCUGGACGGGCACAAACGCAGAGAUCUGGAAACGCCGCCGCGUCAGUCUUAUCGGUUCGGAGCUCCCAGACCGCUCAGUGACGCUCCACCGCGUCGUCCCACCAAGCUAAUAAAUCCCUGCUCUUACUUUUGUUCACUGUUGGUAUUUCUCCGAAGGACUUUCUGUAUUUUCAACGUAUACGUCCAUGAUUCUAACCGCAGAGUAACAAUCAGACAAUCUGCUUCCUGUUUUACACCGGCACGCACACGCCCAGUGUGUGCGAAUGGUCACGUGAUGCGUGUUCUCAGCCGUGUUCAUAUGGACGGAGAUUAGUUCUGCUCCCGGAGCUAAAACUCUGGUUUUUGUCUCAAAGCGGUGCUUCAAACUGAAAACGUAGUAGCGUGGAUGUUGUCUUUUCCACUUUUAAAGUCUUUGUCACAAGUCAAUAUAUAUUGGGGCUCCUUUUUGCACUUCUGUUUUAAACGUGGGAAGAGAUUUAAUCACUGUCGUGUUCCGUUGUUCCUAAAAUACUCACUUUAAUUUAUGGAUUAUUGUUCUCUUCAUUGAGAAAAUGUAGUGAACAAGCAUGCAAGUGGAACAUCAAACCCACAGAUAUUGGUUUACUAUCACUUUACUAGAAAAGAAAAAAAGUGCAACAUUUUUUUUGUUUUAAAGUUUAUCUUCCACCCUGUUAUAUUAUAUUAUUAUAUAAUAUUCUUUGUGAAACCACUUUUGUGUAUUUUGAAUUUUAUGUUCCAGCCCACACGCUCUUAUCAGUCGACCACUAACACGUUGUGUCACUCUCCGAGGAAACGGUAGAUAAUGCCCCAAAAACUCGAGUAUCACUUAGAUUUUAAUGGCAGUAAAGAGGAACGGUUGCGUAGUAUCCAGAGUGUGGACUUAUUAUAUGUGAAAGAAGUUGUUGUGCCAGCUUACACUACAGGAAUCAGCUGUUGUAGAGUCUGAUAAAAACGUACUGUAUCCACUACCUGUUAGUACUGAAGAAGUCAGAAAACAUUAAGAGAAGUUCUCCUGCCCCUUUGAACAUGUGUGUGCAACGUUAAAAAAAAAAGAAGAAGAAAGAAAAGAACAGUAGCGGCAAGAUCUUGUUUAUCUGCCGUGGAUUUAAUCUAAGACCUGACCCGACGUGAACAUGCGUCGGUUUCUGGAGGUGCUUUCUAACUCAGAUCAUCUUCUGACUGAAUGAACGCUCUCAGGUUUAAUCCGUUCAAGAGCUUUGUGUAAAUAUUUACCUGUUUUCUCUCUGUACGCUACUCUGAUUAAGAGCAUUGACUAAAAUGCUAAAAGCCUCCGGUUGGGUCUCAUUUCCCAGCUUUCUUGAACACAACACCAGCUUGACAGUAACUCGUUGACAGCGUUUUGUCAAUUUUAACAACCCGACACCUUCAUUUCCUCAAAGGAAACCUUGUUGGUGUUUUCUACAGUAAAUAACGGCUGCUUAUUUGUUCUCUUUGCAUCAUGGGAGAGACCAAGAUGCACCCUGUUGUACUCUGGUACAACCUGUAAAGAAAAACGAUGGAGAGACUACUUUACACGUCUUCCAGUGGACUCUGUCUUGUAAAAUAAUCUUGUUUUUUUUGUACUAAGCGUUUGGUGUAAUACCCUGAGAGCUGUUUGUGUUUAGUUGAUGUUGUAUGUACAGUAGGAAGUGACUGUCUAACAAUAAUUUUAACUUAAAAGUCUUUUUAUGUUUUUUUACCUCAUUUUUUGUAUUAAAAUUGCCUGCGUAAACCAUUGA